AAGAAGGCGUCAGCCAAGUUUUCACACGAAUUAUUUUGUCGGUAAAUAGUAAGAUAAAGUGCAAAUUUGCUAACUUUUUACAUGUUGCUUUUAAAAUAGUGACUCAUUGAAGACAUAGCAAAAUCGAUUUUUUGCGUUGCAAAGUAAAAUUUGACGCAUCCAAAUGACAGCUUCGUCCCCGUUUAGCGUUGUGCGAAUGUAGUAGUGAGAUUCUUCGAUCAGCUGUGCGAGUGCAACGGUUGAGCAAACUUGUGUUGGAAUCGUGGCAAACAACACUGAUUGUAAACAAAAGUGUCUGGGCGGCUCUCGAAUUUCGUUUGUCUUGCUACCCCCGAGAGGUCAACGCAAGGUGCCAACAUGGCUGAUAAGAGCCUUGCGAAGCGCUUGUCACUCUCAUCAUCGUCGAAAAAUCGAAUGGGUCAUCCGUCGGCCAGUGGUGGCUUCGCUGGGCUAGGCGUUGGAGGAUUACCAUCCGGAUCGAAGCUUCCCUCGGCCGCCAAAGCACUGGCGUCCGCUGCUAGUGCAGGAGUACCUUCGCCUGGUUCACCAGGCGAAAUAUCUCUAAUUCCAUACAUCAAAACGUCUGAUAACGGAAAAGUGCUGCCAAAAUAUACAGCGGCAUUAUCUACUACAACGGAAGAUUUGGUUCCAGCGGAAGACUUGGAUAUGGUUCAGUUGGAACUAGAACUUUUACUUUCUACUGUUGCUUUACGUUAUCGGGUAUUGAGAAGCGAAAUUGACACUAUCGAUAAGGCAGACGAAAGGCGGGAAAGAAAAGGCAAAUUCAUAGACAAGGCGCCAAGCUCACCUGGUAAAAAGAAGCGCUUGGAUGAUAAACAGAAAUUCCGUGACAGCACGGGCAAACCUUUUGGCCAUCAUAUAAAAAUUCCGAAGAUAAAAAAUAUGUCGUCGUUGAUUCCGCCUUCACCGGCUCCGUCUCAGAAUACGGACGAUAGCAGCGAUGCAGUCCCGUUUCUACCAACUAAUCAUCAUAUUCAGCACAUAAUUUCCGAUAACGCCAAUAACAAGCUAAUGCUUUCAAAGAACGAUACUCCAAACAAGUUUUGGAUGUCGGCCGAACCUUAUUGUAUGCCAAUUACGCAUGAAGAUUUAAAAUUGCUUGAUGAUUUGCUUGAGGAAUAUUCGGGACCAUUGAUUCCACCGAUACCGGAAUUGGGCCCACAUUAUAGCACUCAAUGGGCUGCGGAUGAUAUCAAAGAGGAACAAGACUCAACUUCUAAGAAAGGAAAGGGACUCACUAAUGGUGAUAUUGGAAAGAAAGAAAAAGUCAUGGGCGAAGGUAUCACAGGUCCACUCACGCAACGCUUGGUAUCAGCUUUGAUGGAGGAAAAUUUGCUUCCUGACUGUAACAGCACCAGCAACGAGAACAGCAACAGUAGCUCCGAUAUAGGUCACAGCAACUCAAGAAGUGCAGUUUCAUUGUUGAAGAACGGAAUCAGCAUUGAGCGCUGUUUGCGUAAAGAAUUGAUUGAACAGGGAAUCCUCGACGAUGAUGAUAUGCCCAAAAGUCAGCACGAUGAUGAAAUAUUGUCGGAAAUUAAUCGUGUUCGCACCGAGAUUGUCGUAAUAGCCGAGCACAAUUCGAGCGAAAUCCGGAAACUGCAGUCUAUGGCAAAGGAUGAGAUGAAGAGAAUCGAGGUUAAAAGGAAACUGGAUCGUGUUGACCAAGAGAUAAUUGAAUGUUACAAAAAAAUAAUGGCGGCCCGAUUGAAGCGUCGUCCGCUGACGAAGCAGGAACGAGACGAAGCUUAUCGUCUUGCAGAAGAGCAAAAACGUCUGUCUGAUCAGCUUGAAUUGAUGCCAGUUCAUGGACCUUUUGCUGGCAACUAAGUGAAUAUGCAUUUCUGUCAACUUAUAACUCUUAUAAAAUUGUUUAUAGAAUAAUAAUUCUUCUCAGCUAAUAUCGUCGGUUGAUACGGUAAAUAAAUUUUGAAUUAAAAUAUUCUCUCCCAUUACCGAAUAA